AUGGAAGUCGGACAGCGUGUACGGAUAGACUCGCACACAGCCACAGUUCGAUACAUCGGAGAAGUGGAAGGAUACGGAACGCAGAGAUGGGUCGGACUGGAAUGGGACGAAGCGAGCAGAGGAAAGCACGACGGCAGCGUCAAGGGACGGCGCUACUUUCAGACUAGGUGAAUCCGGCGGACUUUCGCUUUGAACGUGAUCUGUGGUUUCAGGCAUCCAACGGGCGGUUCUCUGAUGAAAGCGGAGAUCGUUCCAGCGCCGACCGAUUUGCUCUUCGAAAUCAGAGACCGAUACGUGAAAGGGGAAAGUGUGGAAAAUGAGAUUGAAUUAACAAGGACGUCGAAAAAAAUCGAGUUAAUCGGGAUGGCACAGACGACCGCCAAACAGAGCAACAUAGAAAAACUCAUCAACAUCGUUCUCGACAACCGCUCCGUCGGACUGCCACCUCCAAUCGAUUCUCCUCAAUUUAUGCAAUGCCGUGAACUGAAUUUAUACGCAAACCUUUUGUACAAAUGGAAAACGGUCAGACAGAUUCUUCAGCACUUUCCUCGAAUACAAGAACUGAACCUGAGGUAACCCCACAAACAUUGAGGUGUUCGACAUCCAAUUAUUCACAGACGCAAUCGAAUGAACGAACUGAUUGAAAACGACGACGGUGAUUCGGAGAAUGGCGAGGAUUCCGUUUAUUCGAAAAGUUGCAAAAAGCUGAUGAUCAGCGAAUGCACACUUUCCGAAAGCUCAGUAAGUGGGAGAGGAGCUGAACUCCUUCGAAAUUCGAAUGUUCUAUGUUCAGAUUGAUUCGGUCCUGCGAAGGUUUCCCUCAACUUCUGAAGUCGUCGCAUUCGGAAAUGACCUCUCAAAGUUUUCCGUUUCGGAUUCCGUUGCCAGUCGUCUCACUUCGCUAGAUCUCGAGGACAAUCCGCUGGGAUCCAUUGAUUCCAUCGAAGGAUCGUUCCCCAAUCUGAUACACCUGUCAUUGGCCAACUGUGGAAUCACAUCUCUGAUCGAAUUUGACGGGUCUUCCAAGUUUCCGCGAUUAGAAUAUCUCAAUCUCCGAAAAAAUUUGAUACUCAAAUGGAGAAGUGUGAACGCACUUCGAUCUCUCAAAAAUUUGAAACAGUUAUUGUUCGACUGCAAAAAGUUGGAAGCCGAGAAAGGAAUCAACACGUACGAAGUGGUGAUUGCGAAACUGAGCAGUCUGAUCGAUUUGAACAGAUUCGAUGUUACCGAGGUGGAAAGAAGGUCCGCCGAAAUCAGGUUCAUCAAUAAAUACGCGGCAAUCCAAGAAAAAGAGGAUCACUCGGAGGACAUCACGCGGCUGGUCGCAAUCCACGGAGAGCCCACAAUCGACACGGCGAAAAAGGGACUGAUGGUUGUGAAAAUAAGGAUUGAGUGUGGGAACCGAGUGGAAACUAGAAGUCUUCCGUUGGUCAUGAGUGUCCAGAAAGUCAGAGAUAUGGUAGAUCAUCAGAGGAAAAGCGUCACAAGAAACUAUUCUUUUACUUUCAGUUGGCCCGCUUGUUCAAAAUUCCGAGUCCCUCGGCCGUCCGUCUCUAUCUGGUGAUGACCGAGAAAGCCAAACAGCAUCGAAUCGAACUGGACAACCCCCUACGCGAAUUCGGCUACUAUUCGCCCUCCGGAGACAAUGAUAUUCUUGUCGUUGAGCACGAUUGA